AUGUCCCUUCUCUGCUCUCAAAGAGAACCCUGUGCUCGGGUUUACAGCAUCUUCGGAUCUUUCACAGAUUCACUGCGCGAUUCAACGUCAGUAACGCCCACGGAUAAUGCCUACCGUAACGUCACGCAGAUGCGUAACAUGAUUAGGAAGAAUUUUCCCUUGCUUGUUGUCAAGGCCACAACACGUGAAGAUGUCAAGGAAACUAUAGCUUUUGCAAGGCAGUAUAAUCUCCAACUGACUGUUUAUGGUACUGGUCAUGACAACAAUGGUCGCUCCACAGGAAAUGACACAAUACAGUUAAACCUGAGUUUGAUGAAGGAUAAAGUGGUGGAUCUUAAUUCUUCGAGACAUGGGAACGGAACGAUAUCGGUGGGGCCCGGAAACACGUGGAUGGAAGUCUACAGGGAGGUAGACAAGCACGGGAGAGUCAUCGUUGGCAGUAGCACUCAGACAGUCGGGAUAGGGGGAUUCACUCUCGGAGGGGGGCACAGUCCAAUCUGCCGUUACUAUGGAAUGGCCAUUGACAACUUACUGGAGGUGGAAAUGGUCAUGGCGGAUGGUAGAAUCGUUACAGCGACAAAUGACUCCGUCCACACUAUCUAUAAUAAUGGGAGCACCUCCAACGUCACCGACACGGAUUUUUUCUGGGCUGUGGCUGGUGGUGGAGGGGGCACAUUUGGUGUGGCUACCAGAUUUCUAUUUAAAUUACACACCCCACCAGAGAAAAUCAUCAGAGUUGUCUUGAUUUAUCCUAUAUAUUCACUGUUUAAUGAAAAUAUCUUUGCUCAAGUAUUUUCAAAAAUGAAGGAGUUGUUCACCGAGGAUUUACCUCACGAGUGGGGUGGUUUUAUGGAAAUAGAUGGAUUGGAUAACUUAUUCGGUGCAAAGGGACAUUUUGCGUUUGUUUUAAAUCAUUUGGGAUCAAAGAACACAGCAUCCUACAGGUACUUGGAAAGUCUCUUCGAUUUCCUGCCGAAAAGGAGAUAUUUUGAUUCCAAAGUGUUUUCAACUUUCUUGGAUUACGAGAAAGGGAUAAUCGAAAAAUACCCAUAUUACCUUACCUUUGGUUUUAAUUCUCUGAUCUCUGAAAGCAACCUCACCACUGAGUUAAGAGAUUACUUGAUACAGUCGGUAUUGGAAAAACACACAACGUAUUCUAAAACCACUUACAUAGCGACGCUGAUCGGUGGCAAAAUGCGAGAAGUUGGCACUGAAAGCACCUCAGUUCACCCUGGUUUCCGGAGCGCUCUCUUUUCCAUGUCUGGCAAUGUGGCUUUUGGAGUACAUGGGAUUCCUGAAGUUCAGGAGAUUCACGAAAAGAGUGUUCAAAUCAAUUUCGAAUUCGCCAAGUUUGGAAAUGGGAUGUAUCCCAAUGAGGCAGGAGAAUGUACUCCCGACUGGCAGAAAAACUUUUGGGGAUCGAACUAUGACCGACUUUAUCAGAUCAAACUUCGGGAAGACCCUGACGUUUUUUUCACAUGUGAUCAGUGCGUAGGAUCGGAACUGAGACAGAAUGAAUCUACAUCAUCCUGCCCAAUACCAUCUACAUCAACAUCUACAUCAUCAUCGACCCCAUCAUCUACACCAUCAUCUACAUCAUCAGUUUCCAGUGAAUCUCAGACAACUGCUUCAGCUUUCUCAAAGGUUUACCCAACAUCCACUUUUACACCGUUACAAACCGAGAAUUCGAUUUCAUUAUCCACUGAAGUAAAUCCCCAAGUGUCUGUUUGGCUAUUUUUGUCCCUGUUGUAUUUUCUAUCUAUGUAA